CAGCCAGCUGCCCUGGCGUGAAAAUACCUGACAAACCCCCAUCUCCUUUGCCUUUUGGAUCUUUGUGUCUGGUUGUGUUCUUACAGCCUUUGACCCCCCCGUCAUGAUCCCUAAUCUAAAAAUCAUCUUCCUGUUUGUUUGGUUGCUUCAAUGUGGAGGGGGAAAUGUUGAUGUACAGCAGAAACCUCCAAUCCAGGUUGCCCUGCUCAAGGAAGGAACAUCCAUCCCCUGCAAAGUCAUCUUCCCUUACAUGCCAAAAUACACCAAAUUUUCAAUCUGCUAUUACUGGAUUAAUUCACUGGAUCAGAAGACAUCUAUCUAUACUAGGCUGGAAAACGUAGCCAUUCCUUCUGGAGAAGAGAAUAAGACUGCUGCCUUAUCUUAUGACUACAGAAUCAUGCCACUUGAAAACACCUCUUCUACUGGCACGUACUACUGCAAGGUCAAAUGGAAUGAUAUCCAAAAAAUGGGAAAGGGAGUGUUCGUCCUUGUUAGAGAUACAGGAUACAUAAAUACCUCUUAUGGGUGGGAAAUCCUCAUUACCCUUACUGUUCUUCUUGCUGUAUUGAGCAUCACUGCAACAGCUCUGCUUCUGUGGAAAAGAAAGGUGUUGUGCCCUAGAAGGAGCCAGCCAAAUAUCCUGAAGGUGGAAACACAGCUCCCUUCAGCCAGCCCACCACCACCACCACCUCCUGUCUAUGACAGCCUGGAUGUGCAGCAAGUUGAUGUCUAUUCUAGCCUCGAGAACAAGACAAACAGCCCAUCACACAGAAAGAAUCCUCCAGGGAAGACACCUAAGAAGCAAGAAACUCUAGAAGAAUCCUCUGAUACAUUGUAUGAGAAUAUCUAACAGGGAAGAUACCUGACCCUAUGUGGACAAGACAUCUUUCUGUAUGGCAGAGCUACUUUCUUACAUCCCAGAUGAGAUGCAGAUACAUGCAGAGAUCCACAGUGACUUCAGAGCACAACCACGAGGGAACUGUGAACCCCUGGCCCCUUCUAAACUGCCCUUCAUUAACAACAGAAUGUGUCUGUAAAAAUCCCUCGAGGCUCAGCCUGCAUUGAUGCAGGAAAGCUAUUUUGCAGCAAAACUGUUUGAUGCAAAAGAAAAGCUGCUUUUGUCAAGCACUUAUCUUGGGAAUGGGCAAUCUGUGAAGGUUUCUCUCACCUACCCCUUCUGAAAUCCUCUGCAAGUGGUAGGACAAUCCAGAGACUUCCCUGCUUGCUGGCUUGAUGUUCCGAUCCUGACCUGCAUCCGCCCGUCUGAUCCUGUGCUUGUG